AUAAAUUAGUUAUAACAAAAUUUUCCACACAAACUAACUGCAAGCGAAUUCAGUGACAGUAAAGUAAUCGGAUAAAGCACUGAGCCAGCAAGCCCAGAGAGAUAUGGUAGUAAUCCAACCGGCAACCGCCGUCCGUACACCCGCCGGUCACUUUUCACGGCAAUGCCAUCUCAUUUCUCACCCUACCUCCUUCUUUUUCUUCAAUCCCAGGAACAAGUAUACAAGAUGCAAAAAUGUGAAGAACAACAGGAUUAAAGCUUGUGCAGGGGAGCUGUCAGGUACCAUGAAACUGGCAAAUCCACAUCAGCUAUAUCAUCCGUCUGAAGACAUUUCGGAUUGUGAAGAAUCAGAUGAAAAUGGGGAUGCCAUUCUUAGACCUGCUGAAACUAGUAGGACAAUUAUUGAGGCAAACAGCAACGGAUUGCUUAUGUUCUCAGGUCUGGUCAAUGACAGAGUCUACGAGAACAUCUUCUUGCCCGAAUUGUCUUAUGUCAAGGGUGAAAAUGGAAAUAUAUAUUUCCAAGUGAAAAAAGAUGAAGAUAUUUUGCAGACUCUUGCUUCUGGGGAUAAUGUUGUGCAAGUCAUAAUAGGCUUAGAUACCACACAAAUGGUCAGCGAAAUGGAAUCAUUAAGACUAUCAGAUGAUGAUUCUGAUUUUGAGAAUGAAGAUAGUGAUGUUGACGAUGAUGAAGAAGAUGAUGAUGACGAUGUAGAUGGAAACUAUGUAAAGGAUUGGGUUUCAGUUCUUGAAGAUGAUGAUGACUCUGAUGGAUCUGCUGGUGACUGGGCAAAAUUGGAGACCAUGCGUUCUUCCCAUCCAAUGGAUUUUGCUAAUCAGCUGGCAGAUUUUGUAUCAGAUGUUCCUAUAGACUGCAUGGACAGGCCUCCUUCUGGUCUUGCAAUUCAUGGCCUUGUGAGACCUGCAUUUGUUGAAGAGAAUCCCGUUGUCAACAGCCAUAUGUUUAACCAUCAAUCCCAUGAUGAAAAAGCAAAACAGAGUGCUAAAGGAUCCUCAAAAGAUGUUCAAAACUUGGAAGUAUUGCAUAAGGAUCAGAGCUCUGGAAAUGGGAAUUCAUACUAUAAGCUAGAGAUGAUCAAAAUGCAAUUAAUUUCAGCACAUGGCAAUCAGACGUCCGUUGAAGUGGAUGAUUUUAGCAGGUCUCAACCUGAUUCUGUUGCACAUUCAGCUGCCAAAAUCAUAUCUCGGGUUAAAUCUGGUGGAGAUAAGAUGACACAAGCUCUUAAAUCAUUAUGUUGGAGAUGCAAGGGGAUUCAGGUGGAGGAGGUGGCUCUAAUUGGUGUGGACAGUCUUGGAUUUGACUUGAGAACGUGUUCUGGUAGACAAGUUCAAACAUUGCGGUUUGCAUUUCAAAAUCGGGCCACAUCAGAGUAUGGUGUGGAAAGCCAGUUGAAUUGCUUACUCUUCCCUACAACCCUGGGCCAGCAGCUGAAGAAAGAAGUUGUUCACCAAUCCGAGUAUUGAUAACAUGGGGAAAUUAAUUAAACUUGCUGGCCACCUAUGUAGUAAGUCUUGAUAUAUCCAAGUUUUGUAACUUUGACGUCGGCGUGAGAACGUAACAAAGAGAACUAUACAUAGCUGAUUUUGAAAGGAACAAGUUGGAGAAUGAACGAGUACACCCUGCCUCAAGGAUACCUUAAAAGAAUAUUUGUAAUAACUUAUGUAAAAAUAUAUAUCAUUUAUAAUGGUAAUGUAUCUUAAUUAUUUUGUGGUA